AUGGCCGACACACCUGCUCCUUACUCCGGUCCCAUGUUGACCUUCAUCAGUGGCGACGGCGUGCACAUUGAGUGUGAACGUGAUGUUGCCGAGCGCUCCCUCCUCAUCAAGAACAUGCUGGAAGAUCUGGGUGACGCCAACGAGGAGAUUCCGAUCCCUAAUGUCAACGAAGCUGUUCUGAAGAAGGUCAUCGAAUGGUGCAGACACCACAAGAACGACCCCCCCAGCACUGGCGAGGAGGAUGACUCCCGCCGCAAGACCACCGACAUUGACGAGUGGGAUCAGAAAUUUACCCAGGUUGACCAGGAGAUGUUGUUCGAGAUCAUUCUGGCCGCAAACUACCUCGACAUUAAGGGUCUUCUGGAUGUUGGAUGCAAGACUGUCGCAAACAUGAUCAAGGGCAAGUCUCCGGAAGAGAUCCGCAAGACCUUUAACAUCCAGAACGACUUCACCCCCGAGGAGGAAGAUCAGAUCCGCCGUGAGAACGAGUGGGCCGAGGACCGCUAA